GCCUUACCUAGGCACUUCCACAGCCUGAUGUGAUCUUGUCCGACGUACCCCUCACACACUCCGUCUGGCUCGCCAUCCUCCUGCAUCGAACCCAGAAAGAUGGGAAAUGAUAGUGACCAACUCGUUGAAGCUCAGGAAUGACGAGGCCCGCCGAAUUCCAGCCUAACGAAUGCCAUGUCUUCUCUACUAGCACGGUUCGCGCCGCUCAAGCCCGAGAUUCGUCUCGCUCAAGCCGUCGCCGAGUUCAAGGCCGACCUGUCAGACGAACAAAAGGCCAAAUUCCACUCCACCGAGCAACAAGCGUCUCGAGAUCCCCCAAAUAUCCACGAUGUUAUGAGAUUAACAGCCGAAAUCGACCGGCAUGUUGCGACAAAGGUUGGCGGCGGCCGUUGUCUUGGAACUCGUGUCGUCAAUAUCUUGGAAGCCGUUCAACGAUUUGCCGCUCUUGGUGACAUCAUGAUUGGCGGAUCUCAGAACUUGAUUGCCUGCGGCGUCUGGUCUCUUGUGCGGACGACGCUGCUGAUGCUCGUGGGCGCCUAUUCCUGGCUUGACAAGUUAUCGGAACUUUUCAUGGCCGUGGGCCGAUCAGCACCCCGUUAUCAGCAAAUGGCUUUGCUCUAUCCACGAUCCAAGAAGCUUCAAUCUUCCCUUAACGAGUACUUUCUAGUAGUCGUGCGCGUUUGCCAUGAUAUGUUGAAGCUGAAGAAAAAGUCGAUAUUCUCCAAGCUUACAUCAUUCAUGACUGAGUCCGACAUUAGCAGUUAUCAGUCAGACUUUGGUCUGUGGGCGACUGCAAUCAAGGAGGAAGUGGAUCUGUUGAUGGCACAAGAGAUCCAAGAACAAAGCCGUCACAUCAAAACUCUUUCCAAGCACACCAAAUCUGAGCUGCAUCGUGAGAAACUCGAGGACCGUCUCCGUAUCCUCGAUUCCUGCUCAACAUACGACUAUCAGACGACGUGGAAGGAACUACGACGUCGAGGCAAUACCAGUUGGUUCACCCUGCAGCCCGAAUAUCAAGAUUGGAAAAUUAGAAGCGAGUCUGCUACGCUCUUGUAUUCUGGUAAGCUCGGGUCGGGAAAGUCGUUCACAUUGGCAAACAUGGUGGACGAGCUCAACCUCAACAAAAACGGAAAUCCUCCCGUCGCUUACUUUUUCUGCCAACACGAAGCACCUAAAAGCCUGAGAGCACGUACAAUCCUCGGAUCUCUAGCUAGGCAAUUGCUGUGUGCGAUGGAAGAGAUCGUUGUGAUUCCGGAAAAUCAGGACGCUAUUAGGGCUCAACCCCUCGACCUCGACUGGAUACUCAACUUGCUGAAGCAUAACAUUCCACCUACUACCAGGGCAUACUUCGUCUUGGACGGAUUGGAUGAAUGUGACGAGAGGGAGGUUAUGGAAUUCAUCAAUUGCUUGCAAGCGAUUCAAGAUGUUCAUCCACUACUCGCUUGUCUGUCAUUCAGGCAAGAGGCAGGCAACACCAUGGCAAUGCGCCUUACGCAGUUGAGGCAUUCGAGAACCAUUACUAUCCCAGAAGAUAAUCCUGAUAUCGCAGAUUUCAUCCAAACAGAACUAGUGAGUCGAAUCGAGUCAAGUCGUCUUAUCUUAGGCGACCCAACCAUCGUCCUCGAGAUUCGAGACGCCUUACUAGAGAAGGCCCAAGGGAUGUUCCUUUGGGUCGUCCUUCAAAUCGACUGUCUCUGUCUUGCGAGAACAGAUGGGGCGAUUCGCCAAGCGUUAGCCAACCUGCCAAAAGAUCUCCCAACCACUUUCUCUCGCAUUCUAGAGCAAACCGCUGCUUUGGGAGGUGACUACCAAAGGCGCACUCUUGAACUCAUUACGGCAGCUUGUCGUCCCUUGAAAACAAACGAGUUGCGAGAGGCUCUAGGAGUGGUGCCUGGAGAAACCGAUUGGGACCCGGCACACCAGCCCAACGACAUAUACUCAACGUUAGCUUGCUGUGGAAGCUUGGUACAUGUGGAUGAGGAAACCUUGUCAGUAAAACUCAUCCACCACAGUGUCAGGCAAUUUUUACUCAGCGGCCCGGAGGGUAUAGCCGGCCAAACAUUCACUUUCGAGGACGCAAACAAAACCAUGACGACUAUUAUCAUGACAUAUUUGAGCUACGGUGUUUUUGACACCCAGAUCUCCACCAGAGUGAUGCCACGAGUUCAACAUGGCGCAGUUCCAAACAAGGUCAUCAGCUCCGUUCUUGACUCGUCGAGCAUCCGAAAGGUCGCCUUAGGACUACUCAAAUCUUCAGUACCGUCGAAGAUUGACGUCAGCGAAGUUCUAGCAAAGGAGACUCAACAUUCCAAAAGCCAAAGAACUGAGUUUUUCUUCCUCUUGUACGCCAAGUCGUACUGGGCAGAGCACAUUGCUCAUAAUUUAUGGCAAGAUCCAGCAAUUGUCCAAACUCUGGGUCGGAUACUAGAUCGUAAUGUUGUUGUUGUGGAUACGAGGGAUGAAUAUGGCCGAACCCUGUUGUUACGAGCUGCUGAAUUAGGGCAUGAGGCAGUUGUCCGAUUGUUGAUCGAGAAGGGUGCUGCAGUCAACGUUGAAGACGAUGAGCGAAACACACCGCUAAUCAAGGCUGCCAUGUUCGGCCAUGAGGCUGUGGUGAGACUACUGAUCAUCCAUGACGCUCUAAUCAACGUGAAAGAUCGAUAUGGUCAGACAGCACUGUCUUCGGCUGCUGAGAGAGGCCAUCUGACGAUUGUGCGGCAAUUGAUUGGUGUCGAUGCAGAUGCCAUCUCAGAGAAUAUUCAUGGUUUCUCACCACUCUGGUUGGCUGCUAAUCAUGGGCACGCGGCAAUUGUGCAGCGGUUGCUUGAAAAAGGGGCUGUGAAUGACAAAAUGGAGCGUUACGGUGGAGAACGACUAUUCAAAAUUGCUUUGAAUGGACCCGAGUUUGCACCACUGAAUGGACCCGAAUUUGCACCACUGAAGCUGCCUGGCAUGGGUUCUAGCUUCGUCCAUGAUGGCUUUCAGCCACUCCUUUUUGCGGCUGCUGGGCAAGGGCAUGAGGUCAUCGUACGGCUACUGCUAGAAAGAGGCGCUACCAUCGACUACCGAGAUUCUGCGGACAAGACGCUCCUUACUAAGGCCGCCGAAGCAGGACAGUAUGUUAUGGCAAAGUUGCUGCUCGACAAGGGUUUUUCUAUUGAACUACAAGACGGUUAUGGUCAGACACCACUUGCAGGGGCUGCUAGGAGAGGCCAUGAGGACAUCGUCCAGUUGUUGCUCACGCACGGUGCGUCCCCUCACCAACGCGAUAACACUGACCAGUCGCCACUUAUUGCGGCUGCUAAAGGAGGUUAUAUAACCAUUGUGCGGAUGUUACUGGAUCAUGGUGCUAGUCCUGCAUGGAGGGAUAUGAAUGGACGGUCGGCAGCGGACAUGGCUCGGAUGCAAGGGCAUGUGGACAUCUUCCAGCUCUUGGUUGAUGAGGAAGACCUGAUAGGGCCGCUCGCACGCAACGAUGUGCACUUUGUGCCCGCUGGAACGUUUGCCUCACAGUAG